AUGUUUUCUACAGAAAACCCUAACCCAUGGGGUCAAUACGAUUCAUACAGAGACUGCUCACAAAGACUAUGCAGCGUCUACUGCCCUCAAUGGUGUUACAUCAUCUUCCCACCUCCUCCUCCUUCCUUCUUCCUCGACGACGAAGAUUCCUCCUCCUCCAACUUCUCCCCCCUCCUCAUCGCUCUCAUCGGAAUCCUCGCAAGCGCCUUCAUCCUCAUCACCUACUACACGCUAAUCUCCAAAUACUGCCACCGCCGAAGCGACUCCUCAUCCUCCUCCACAACCUCAGGAGCCAUCAUCUCUUCCUCCGUAACCGACACGUGGCGGGGAAGCAACGGGGAUGGACUCGACGAGACUCUGAUCAAAUCGAUUAAGGUUUACAAAUACAGAAAGGGAGAAGGAAUCGUGGAAUCUUCGGAUUGCUCAGUGUGCUUGAGCGAGUUUCGCGAGGAGGAGAGUCUGAGACUGUUGCCUAAAUGCAGCCACGCGUUUCACGCGCCUUGUAUUGAUACUUGGUUGAAGUCUCACUCUAACUGCCCUCUCUGUCGCGCCGGGAUCAGCGUAACCGUCGUCACUAACGCCGUUGAAUCCGAUCAAACGAUCGUUACAGAGUCCGCAGGGAUUGACUCGGUUUCGAUCGUCGUUAACUUAGAUCUUGAAACCGGAUCUCGGAGUGAUACGGUUGUUGGUGACGUGGACGGCGGAACGACGGCGAAACCGUCGGAAGUUCGGGGGGCUAGAGGAGGAGAGUAUCAAGUGAAUCGGAACUCAGGUGACGUGGUAUUGGUAGCGGAUAUACUUCGGGAGAUUGAAGAGGAUGAAGAAUCGGCGGGUGUAGGGACUUCUCGGCGUGUAGAAGAUGAGGGAGGAGGAGAGAAGACGACUACGUCGUCAGAUUCGGCGGCGAAUUAAGCUGGUGGAGGAGUUUCGAGUUUUCUGGGUCGGAGUUACGGCAGAGGAAAGAAUUACCGUUUACCGAACUGAAAGUAAAUAUGAUUUAAGAUUAGGAAAUUUGAAUUUGGAUUUAAAAAAGUCAAAAUGCGAAUUGGCUUUUGGUUAGUUUAGACAAUUUAUACGGUUGAUUAUUUCAUACCGGUAAAAACAUUUUACCUUUUUAUGUAAAACAAUUAAUGGGCUUUCGUUAUAGUAUUUAGGCCACUUUAGUAACUUGAGGCAUUCGUGCUGCAAAACGCUUAAUGGGCCUAAUAAUAACCUAACUCGGUAAGCAAA